UACUGAAAAUGGAGAUUUUAUUAUGGGAAGUGUCAGACAACAUUAUAAUAGUAAUAUGAACUUUACCAGCAAUUUUGAAAUUUUUCAUUCUUUGUCUAAAGAAAACUACAAAAGUAAUAUUUAGCAAGUGCUUUUUUCCCUGACGUUCUCCCCUGUCUUUUUAGAAAGGCACCCAAGAACUUCUGAAGUAUCUAAGAAGCAAAAUCCAAGAUGAUAUAACUAGCCCAAGCGAGGAACCUCCUGUGACAGCCAUGACUCUUCCAAGCGAGUCAAGAAUUAACGUGCAUGCCAUAACUGCAUUAAAAUUGCUAGAAUAUAGUGAGAAACAAGCAGCUUUGAUUCCUGAUGAAGUAUUUAACGCAGUAGGAAGCAAUCCUGUCACCACAGUAAACUUGAGCAAGAAUCAGCUCAGUGAAAUUCCUGCCAGGAUUGUAGAGCUGAAAGAAUCAGUUUGUGAUGUCAAUCUUGGCUUCAAUAAGCUCUCAUCCAUUUCCUUGGAGCUCUGUUUGCUUCACAGAUUGACACACGUGGAUGUCAGAAAUAACUUUUUGACAUCUUUACCUGAAGAAAUGGAAGCACUUACAAAACUGCAAAUAAUCAAUCUUGCCUUUAAUAGGUUUAAAAUAUUUCCCAGUGUCCUUUAUCACAUCCCAACACUUGAAACUAUCCUGCUUAGUAACAAUCAAGUUGGAUCUAUAGAUCCUUUCCAGCUGAAGAAGAUGGACAAGCUUGGCACCUUAGACCUUCAGAAUAAUGACCUCCUACAGGUGCCACCAGAACUUGGAAACUGUGAAACUCUGAGGACACUUCUGCUGGAAGGAAACCCGUUCCGCACUCCUCGAGCAGCCAUUUUGGCAAAAGGAACAGCUGCAGUACUGGAAUAUCUAAGAAGCCGAAUUCCUACUUGAUCAUAGUCAAGUUUUCGUUUCUUUGUUGGGUUCAUGAAUUAAAGUGCAAGCAAAGUUUGUCCAGUGCAGCAAACUUAGUCUUCCCAGUUGUCAACUAUAUUAAAUUGGCCUGUGCCAUAAAGUAUUUGUAGUCUGCAUGUUGAGAAAGGUACCCAACAAUUUUAGAGUUUUUUCCAAAGUUACACAUCUGAACACCAAGUUAAAAACAUCACUGUCUCUGGAAUUAUACCCUGUAAAUUCAGGAUUUCUUUGCAUAUUGGUUUCAGUAAUUUUUUCUACAAGUCCAUUUUUUAACUUUUCCAAAUGUCAAAAGACUUGUGUAAAAGUGCAAAGUAAGCUUUCUGAAAGGUUGUAUUGUAUGGAAUUCCCAGACCAUAUGUUUUGUGGCAGCUAAUCAAUUUUAACUGUUGCAUCAAGUAUCAUUAUAUGUUACCUAUCUGCCUGUUCUAAAAUGCCCCAAACCUUAAAUUAUAGAAUUAUGAUAUAACAAAAAAGGCAAGGGUAAGGAUUGAAAUGUGCUACAAAGGGUGUACAUGUUUACAGUAAAACUGAUCAAAAUUUACUUUGUUACUAGCACACUUUAAAACAAUAAAUGCUUCCUAUUGGAUGUCAAUUGUCACCUCUGUUUGUUGUAGAAAAUGCACAAUUGAGAUGUCACAUUAAUAUUUCAUUAACUUGACAUAAAAACAUGCCUGUUCAGGCUGGAAGUGGCACCUUUGUCAGUCUUAACUGCUAUGUGGCUGCAAAUAGAUUUCUCUUUUCUUAGGCUUGACAUGCCUUGAAUGAUAGAUUAUAUAAGGACUAGUCAUGCGUAGCUCUACAUUGAUGGUUAUUCUUUGGAUGUGAAGUAUUCAAUAUGUAGGUUCAAAGUGUCUUAAAAAUUAAUAGCUGCCAGGUUUUCAAGGCUAUGUUGUCUGGAGAAUUCCACACUACUGUGGUAAUAUGUAGAUAACUCAGGAUGUCUAUGUACUAUAAUUCCAUGUGGCACUCUGCCCAGGCUAAUCAGCCUGCUGAGAAGUAGUCAGGACUCAGCUCUACACUAAUGCAGCUAUACUGCUUCUGUGGCCUGCUAGGUAAUUUAGGGCUAGCUUAGGUAUCUCUAGGCAGUACUAUGCACAUCUACACGAGACGCUUUACUGCGGAAUAAUGUAGUUUACUAAGCAGUAAGCAUGUGUGUCUACAUGUGCACAUGAUUACUGUGCAGUAAACCUCACUAAUCACAAGUAAAUUUGCUACCUGCAAAUGCAAACAGCAAAUUUUCUUGUGAUUAGUAACAGUGCAGUAGUAUGCAUGUAGAUAUCUGACCAGGAGCAAAUCUGCUCCCAGUCAGCUGGCCACCAGGGGGCGGGAGAUUGCUCCCUGCCCCUGAAAGCUGCUGGGGCAGGCUUUGCCACCAGAUCCUGGGUGGGGACCAUGGUUCCCUGCCCUGGCAGCAGGGAGCUCCAAGACCCCCACUCUGAGAUCAUGAUCAGGGAGCGGGGUCUAGGAGAUCCUUAUCUCCCAGCCCGAGCUCCACAGUCACAGGGCUUGGGCUGGGAGACCCUUCUCUUCCAGCCUGAUGAGGUCUCCGAGCCUGAGCCCCACGACAGUAGAGCUUGGGCUGGGAGAUGAGGAUCUCCUAGCACCGGCCACACGACCAUGGAAUUGGCACUGGGAGCUCUGUGCUGGCUGGGGCUGGAGAACCUGUCCCCCACCCAGCUCAAUGAACACAGAGGCUCCCCAGCUUGUUUCCCACCCAGCUCUGCACUCAUGUAGCUGGGUGGGGAACAGACUCCCCAGCCUCUGCCCCGUAAUCAUGGAGUAGAGGCUGGGAACUGUCCUGGUUAGAAGCAGGUCCCAGCCCUGUGCCGUGAUUGGUUAACCGAGGCACAGGGCUUGGAAAGAGCUACAGGUGAGGUAGGUCCCAGCUUCCUGUCCCAAUCUGGUGGGGCAGCUAGCAGCAAACUAGCUCCUAACUGCCCCACCAGUGCAUCAGGGCAGGAGGGCUGGAACCUGCCCCUCCCCUGCAGCUCUUUCCAAGUCCUUGCCCCUGAUCGGGGAGCCAGGGCCAGGUGCUCCCUACUGCCAUGCCAGGGGGAUCUUGUCCCCACCCUGGUGGCAGGCAGCUGUUGGUGGCAGGGUAUAAUGUCCCAGCCCUGCCAGCCCUUGUGAUGGCACCCAGGUGGAGCCUAGAGCUCCCCCUGGUGGCAGCAGGGGCCCAUUGCAGGGCCCCAGGAAGUAGGAGCAUUUUGCUGCCAUUAGCAGCAAAU